AAUGUCGCGCACGACUGUCAGAGAAUAAAUGGCGGACUCUGAGAGCAGCGCGGCGGACCGGGGUUUGGGGCUCUCCGUUGGGUUUUAUUGUCGAUUACCUAUGAAAUUGCUAACUGGGUACCACGUAGUUUGGAAGUACAGCGAGAGUUGAUACCAGCCUGCUGCCAUUGGAGCGCUCAAGACCCCGACGACUGACGCCACAAUGAAUUCGAGGCACACUGAGGUGGCUUUGAAGAAAGAGGCAGCCAGUGCCGAGGAUGAGGACCUCACAAUCCCGCGUGCUGCCAUGAACAAGAUGAUCAAGGAGCUGCUCCCUAAUGUGCGCAUUGCCAAUGAGGCGCGCGAGCUCAUCUUGGCCUGCUGCACCGAGUUCAUCCACCACCUUUCCACCGAGGCCAACGACAUCUGCAACCGGCAACAGAAGAAGACCAUUUCUGCUGACCACGUCCUGGGUGCGCUGGACAGCCUGGGUUUUGGUGCAUACCGGCAGGAUGCCGAGGCGGUGCUCAAGGACUGCAAAGCGGUGGCAGCCAAGCGGCGGCGUCAGAGCACACGCCUUGAGAACCUGGGCAUCCCCGAAGAAGAGCUGCUCCGGCAGCAGCAGGAGCUCUUUGCACAGGCACGGCAACAACAAGCUGAGCUGGCCCAGCAGGAAUGGACGCAGAUGCAGCAGGUGGCGCAGCAGCAACUUCAACUGCAGCAGAGCCAGGCCCAGGAUGAGGACGAGUACUAAUGCGGUGGUGGGAAGGGGGACAAGUACUAGUUGGCGUGACUUCGGCCAAGGGCAGCAGAACCCCUUGGCCAAGUUAGUGUUACUGUACAUGUUGUACUUGGCGCAAGGGAAGAGCAGACUGCAUGUGUGUCUUCUCCGUUUUGUAUCUGGCUCUGCUAUUAAACAGUUGGCGCUUCAUGUUCCAUACUUUGCGCCAAGAACAACCUGUGUAGUAAGCAAGGGGUUCUCUGCUGAUAGCAAGGUUCUCUCUUGCCGAUGUAGGCUGUGCCUUUUGAAUAGAGGUACCCUUGUCAGAACUUACGUUAAUUUUUUUUCUUCGUCGAUCACUGGUUUUACUGUAGAUGUUGCUGUUAUAUAGAGGUGUUGGUAGCACUUUUGUUUGACUGGGCAAAUGCGGUGCUCAAGCGAAAUGUCUUCUUGACUCUGGGAAAUAAUAUGCAAUUGAGGUAUUUUCCUAGAAGCACAUAUAUAAAAGUAUUUCGUUUAAAAUACUUUGACAAGGAAUUGUUUGCACAGCCUGCAUUAAACAUUCUAGAUGAGUGUUAAUGUGAAGCGAAUAAGUUGCGGUUUUGCACAGCCUGAAAACAUUUUGUCAUUUUAUAUGCACUGUACGACACAUCUUGCCAAGUGCAUACCUGCCAACUCUCCGGAAUUGUGCGGAAGCCUGCCGAAUUGUUCUCUCAUCUCCCAAUUGUACCAACGCGGCCUCAAAUCUCCCGAAAAGUAGCCGCCGUAGCAUGCGUUUUUCUUUUUUUUUUACGCCCUGUAAUAUAACCGCGCGAGAAAUUUAAGCGGCACAGGAGCAGUUAGUCACCAACAUGCACCUUGAAUCGUGGUAGUGGCCGCCGGCACCACCACGAACGCGAGCAAGCAAAGGGCGCUGCCAUAUUGGAUUGGCCGGGUUGGCUCGUCUCGUGCUGGGUCGCGCGAUUUUAGCAAUCCAGUCAUUAUUGACCCUUUUCGCGGAGCAGUUUGUUCUAGAGAAACGAGAUGGCGCUUACGGCAGCGCGCCAUACGCGCCUCAGUGCGCGUAUACAAAACCAUUACCGCUUCUACCUUGCUUCUGUGCGAUCAGCUGUCUGAAAUGCAACUGAGUUUUCGCUAACGCACUGUGCUCCAUUCAUGCUGGUUUGAAUCAUGUGGAUUGGACUCGUGCAGUGGUUGCCUGCAAAAAAAGUGACUGACAUAUUAAAGAAUGUAAUGAAUAUAUGGGGCCAAGUUCGCGGACCGCUGCUGCAACUAUCCCUGCGUGUUUCUGGCACUUCAAUAUGUACGGCUUUUCUCGAGGAUACACAAGUUUGCUCAUCCUCCAGCGUUGUAUCGCUAACCUUCAAAGAAAGGGCUUCAGCCCCGGUAUGUCGGCAAGAGUGAGUGCCGCUCGUUAAACAAUGAUAACGGAAGUAGCGCCGCUUCCUGUCAUAAUAGGUUUCGCGCACAUUAUCUACACCCAUCUACCCCAACCGGCACGGGAACUUACGCCCACUUUUUUGCCAAUGUCUUAAUAAGUGAAUGGGCGGAGACUUGAAUAUAUGUGCACUUUAUACGCACAAUAAAUGACGGACUACACCGAUAGCGCACGAAUGGUCGAAGCUGAAUGUUUCGUGACGGUCCACGAGAGUAAGCGAGUUACUAGCGAUGAUACAUCUUUGCUACAACGUAUUGCAGUGUACAGAACAGCUACAUUUCAAACCUUGUGCGCAGCAAGAACUAACCUAACGAAGCACAGCCGCAAGCGAUUAGGCAGAAAAUAAUCAGUGACCGCAUGAGAAACUUUACUGAGUCAGAAAUAUGACAAGCCACUGCUUCAAAAUAUUUGCCAAAUAAAGGACGAAGAGCAAAACACAGUAAUCCUGAUUCAUUUCAUAAUCGGAAAGUUUGGAAUUCAUAUUUAGCCCCGCUUUGAGAGCGGGCGUCUUGCGCUGGAGUUUGAGGUAUAGUAGUGGCGAGAUGAGUUAUAUGGGUAGUACCAGCUUGGGCAGUAUUUAGCCCUGGCUGUGGCGAAGCGCGUUUCUAGCUCCAGCUUUGUGUUGAAUUGCCUCGCGCAGCGGAGCGUCGGGCGCGCUGGAUAACUUCAUUACCCCACCACGAGCAGCACAGGUUCGAGAGUUAAAUGUGCUCAUCCUUGACCUCAAGCCGACACGUUGAGGCAGCGCAGCAAGGCAGUAUUGGUUACAUCACGUCGAUGUUCGAGCGCUGUCAUUAAAAGCUACAUCAAGCGAGCAGAGCACGAGCUCCGCACAUAGCACGUUACUGCGAGCUCAUCUGCAUUGCAUCAGUUAUUUAUCAGUUGCUACUACAGCGCAGGCAUAACUACUUGUCUAGCGGCGUGCAGUCAAUAAAGAUUGCAGGAGGCCCGCCGUUUCACGGCAUGCUGAAAGACCGCUGCCGUCGCGGCGCGUACGAGCGUGCGCUCGAAUAGUUCCGUACACAUGUCUGCUUAUCGCUGCUGUGAAUUCAUUUAUAGCAAGCAUUUACUCGCGUUUAUGCGCUUGAAUCUAUCGGCGUGCAAACGUUACCUGAAGUUCAACUUCGUACGCGACUCGCUUCACUUGUGAUUGACACCGCGCUAGAACUUCGCCGCUUAUUUCUUGAACGGCGCACGCGUAUUCGUUAUUGCAUAAUUUCUUUCCUUUAUGCAGCGUGCCACCCCUGAAAAAAAUAUUCGGCGCCCGAUAUUUGCUGCAGGCCGUGGUACAACACAACCGAAAGUGGCGGGUCCAUAUUGUAAACGUGCCUUCCGAAGCAGACAACCGAGCUUGGUAAUACCCAGUUCAGGACAGAGGGCGCUCUUUAGCACCAUUUUUCGCAGCGCCCCCAUACGCUGCUCGCGCCGUUUGGACGCAGCAGCUCCGAAAGCGCUUUUGCAUGUUUGCUGAAGCUGUGGCCAAAGCUUCGUGUCGUCCACCCAGUCACCGUCUACAAUAUCUCCCGAAACAGAGGUUUGCUAAGCCGCACCGGCGUCAUGCACAUUCAUUGUAAGCACGGAGGCAGUGGAGGCGAGCAAUGGACGCGUCACCACGUGAUCAAACAUGGCAGCGCCCACGGGAUCGCUGCGAAAAGGGUCAAUAUGACCAUGAGUGCAUUAGGCUUCAUUUGGCUUUGUCAGGUUGUUGAGAGAAGUGCGAAUUCCAAACUACUCUGUUUCCCCGAGUUCAUCGAAUUUUCCGUUCUAUAACUCGCGCCUUUGUACAAGACGCACCCCCAUGAAAACGGCAGUGGUCCCGGAAGCGUGUUUCUAUUUGCGCGCAAGCUCGAUCGCUGGCGCCGCUCGCGCGUACCUUGUUUCUAGGUGGUUUCUUUCGCCGAGGGCGCUCGAAAGCAAUCGUAUGGUUAGCAUGAAUGCAGUCUCUGGAAGCUUGGCUGUAGGGCCUAGUGGUUACGACGCUCGCUUUGAGACCGGGGGUACGCGGGUUCGAACCCCGCCUUGGCUAGAAGGUUUAUUUUUUUCUUUGUAUUUUUUUCCCUCUCUUCGGCGGCGCUGUCGGUUGAGCCCCGGUGCCGACGUGAAGGGGUGGUUGUUGGGGCGCGCAGCGUAGCAGCACCCCAAAUAAAAAGAAUACUGCUCCCUCCCUGAUAGUGAGAGUGAAUCGUCAAUACAGUGACGCGUUUAUUUAGGAAUGCCAUCGAUCAUAGUUUCUCACUAUUACACCUAGAGGGUAAUCUGGCGCCACCGUCUAUGCGAGUUUUUUAAAGGGCGCUGAGACGUCAUGGGAAUGACGGGAUAUGUAUCUGCGAGGCUUGUGUUGGCUGGUGUUGAACGAGGCUUCGUCUAAAACGUGGAUAUGGCUUCACAAAUACCGCGUUUUUUAAAAUAAAAUCUACAUAAAAAGCUUUCACUCACUCAUAUUACAUCUCAAUAAAGUUUACUCUCCUUCAAUGCAGAAUCAAGAGAAGGAAAGCGAGAACAGAUGACAGGUUGUUCCAAAGCGAGCGAGAAUUUUGUCUGUCCUCCAACUUUAGCGGCGAGCUGAUACUUCUUACGUUUCAUAUAAUUGUACAUUCGAAAAUAAGUCCUCAAAUUUAAACAAAACAUGUUUUUGUGUAAUAAUAAAGCUAAAACAGCUUUUUACGUGUUGUUUCAGCGGGAAAUUAAUCAUUGUGACAGUCGGAACGGUGCUAGCCAGGCGCGUCUUCAAGGCGCUCUGGCGCUCCAAGAACGAUGCCAAUCCGAAGUCGCAAUAUACCGGCAUUCCCAAGCAUACCACAGCGCAGCAGUGCCAGAUUUCCUUCUAGGUAUUCUAGUGAGAAACUCUGUGCCAUCGAUCCCUUAACAGCAGCCACAGUUGAGCCUAGUCACCACCAGCCCAGCGUGUUCUCCGUUCCAACGGUGGCGGCUAGAAACAUAGUACGCGCGAGCGGCGCAUGGCGGCGCCAGCGGUCGAGCGCUGGGCUUGGGCGCAAAUAGAAACGCGUGCGUUUGUUUAGGAAUACCACCGAUCCCCUGACAGCAAGCUAGUCACCACCAGGCCAGCGUGUCCUCCGUCAACGCCUCCUCCGUUUCAACGGCGGCGGCUAGAAACAUGGUACGCGCGAGCGGCGCAGCGUGGCGCCAGCGGUCGAGCGCUGUACGUGGGCGCAAAUAGAAAUACGCCGCCGGGCUCUGGCUGCGUUUGUUGACGAUCGCGCUCUUCGCCUUAUAAGCGUCUACCGACUGGCGAGGAGCACAUGUUGGCGCCGUUGCUUUGCAAGCGCCUGGAACUAGGUUUUGCGGCAAGUGCGACGUCGCUUCACGGCAAUUUCCAUGACCUGCUACGCCUUCGGAUGCCAAAUUAGUUUCAGCAAAGGCAAGAAGCUUAAUCGUUUUGUACGCCAACAGGCUUGAAUUCGCGGGCACGUGAAACUGCGUGUGAAAACGUGAUUACGAAACUUGUACGAUUUGAGCAUGAAAACUCAUCUUAGGAAAGCAGCUCUGCCUUUUGUGGUUACUAGCUUUCUUUAGAACGAAUAGCUAUGUUUACCUCUAUUGUUCGUCGUUGGUGGCCACCCGGCGAAUUUGCGAUACAAAGGCACCUAUGAAAAGCGUGCGUGCUCUCCCGAAAAUGAGUUACGGGGUGCCUUCGUCGCCGAACGUCUUUGAGACGUAGUCUGUUUCACACUUAGGGGAAAUCUCGGAGCGCAUCGCGAUGCGGCGAGCGCUGGAGUCGGGUGCCGGAAGCAGCUCGCGCAGGCGCAGACUCUCGAGGGGCGUUAUCUUGAACCGCGUCGACAGCUCGACGCAAGAUAACGCGCCUCGAGCGUCUGUGCCUGCGCGAGCUGCUUCCGGCGCCCGACUCCAGCGCUCGCCGCAUCGCGAUGUGCUCCGAGAUUUCCCCUAAGUGUGAAACGGACUGUACGUGCUAAUUCGCGUGAGCUUUAAAUUGUGUGUGAAGGUUACGAUGCGGGGUGGAGCACUCGCAAAGAAAACAUGCGGUCGCCCGCUCUUUCACUGGCUGGUUUAGCCGUCGUUAAUUUAGUCGUUUGCUCGUUCGUUCAACUAUUAGUUCGUACGGCCACUAUGUGUUUAAGACGCACUUGCUGUAGGGCACUAAGGCUGGUGCGUCCGUGCCCUCCGCCAGCCUUUGAGCGUCAUAGCUAAUACGCGCCGCCAAUUCUAGUGGCAAGGACGGAGCGGAUUAUUUAGCUUACUGAGGGCUUGCUGGAGGCCAGGAUCUUGGCAUUCGAUCGUAAACGUGUUAUUUACAACCAUUCGCAACAAGAUCUUGCGGCACGCCCUUGACAAAUGUAGUGCACGUGAUACAUUCGGAAUCGUCAUGGUACAGUCAGUGUUAGCGCUCGUUUAGAUAUUUAUAAAAAUAGUUAUCAAAACAGGAAAAAGAAUCUGCCGUCACUAAAUUUGUGUAUAUUGUCGCGUAGUAGUUGCGGUGAAGAAAACAGUCGCCAAACUGUGGAUGACGAAACUGACUUUUUAUUGGGCUAACCUGUGCCCACAAAAGCAAGUUGCACUCGAAGCACAACGAUAGCGGCGAACACAAUCGGCGAAAUCUGAUCAGCGGCGAAACGCGGCGGCUUUUCUGCAUGAGUCAUCGAAGGUUCCAGAGUAAUCCCUGGUGCCCUCGUGUCUUCCGGAAAGUACUAGACAGUUCGCUUCGCUCAUACAAUCAGAUUACAUAAGCGUCGGUGACAACAGACAACGGAUAGAAGCAUCGACAACGUUCGAGAAACUUCCGAUACAUGCAGGCGCGUCCUGCGCUGAGCGAUAAUGUUAAACAUUCGUUAGCCGAUGAAAAGGUGACCGGUGAAAGAUAAAGUGCACGUGCCAGUAUAAUUAUAUAUAUAUAUAUAUAUAUAUAUAUAUAUAUAUAUAUAUAUAUAUAUAUAACCCUCCGUAUAGAAAUCGUAUGCUAUACAUGAAGUUAGUCCGAGCUAGAACGCUUAAAGGUACGGCCACGCUAGCGGCAACAACACGCUGCAAAAACUCGCGUCAUGCCGCGCGCGGCAAAAGCGGCAGGAUUCGGGGGUUUUGCGGCGUGCCACGCGAAAUGGGUUCGAGACCCAUGUCUGCGGCAAAUUCCGCGUGCCGCGAGUUGAAUCAAUCAAGAGCGACGAGGGUGACGUCACGGAGCAAUCACAACCCGACCGCCGCCGGUCCGCGCCGGGUUUUCAAUCGAUGAUCGAGCGCGAUCUUGUCGAGCUGCCGCGCGGCGAUGAUGAUAAUACACUUUAUUAAAAUAAAAAGUAAGAGUAGCCGUUGUGGAGAGGGUCCUGCCGGGCACGCCUUUCAUCGCUGCAGCGAUGCGAGAGUCAACCAAGCAGCCGUAGGGGUCGGGAUGACCGCCACACCUGUGACGUCGCGGAGGUGGCUCUUCCGCGAAGGAGGUGUGUACGUGUGGGAGAAAGAAGAGUCUGGGCUUGUCGGGUGAGGACGCCGUGUGCGCGAGACAGAGUUGUAAAGGCGGAAACGUGCCGCCGGCGAAUCGAUAGGGCAGGAGAGAAAUGGGAGGAGGUGGAGAAUCGUGAGCUUGGCCCGGGGAAGUCGGGAGCCUGGCGAAGGGUGUCACAGGCGAGCCGGUUAGCCCGUUCGUUCCCCGACAGUCCCGCGUAAUAAGGAGCGACAGGCGCCCAUGGAGUCUGUGAAAAUGAUAGGAAGGUGCGGGGUGUUUGGGGGGAAGAUAGCGGCAAGCAUGUAGUUCGCAAGAGCGGGAUCUGUAAUCGAGAGGACUUCUCUAUGGAGAAUAGCAUAGCUGCCUGAAAGAACCACUAUGGCAGAGCCGAGUGAGGAGACGCUAGCGUGCGUGUAGUAGAAAUGACGGUUUGGGUGAGUGCGGAUAAAAUGCUGAAAAUAGCUGAUUCUAGCCGCGCGGCGUUGUGCGUGUAUACAGGGAUUCAUGUUGCGAGGUAAUAGACAGCUUUAGCAGAGCUCCGCUCAGCUCAGAUAUCAUUCUCUGAGACACUGCAGGGAGCUGCGCAGAUUUCGCAUUUGAUAAGCGCGUCUUGCCGAGGCGAGCGACGCGCUUUCACCUCGGCUGCAAAACGACGAAGAGGCCAAGUAGACAGGCUGUCACGCUCCGCUCAGUCGGCUUUGUAGCGGAGCGAGGGAUGCGGUCUUCGUUUCGCUGCCGGUAUGAGCGUUGUGCGCAAGCGCAAUGGCGUUCCCGCUAAGCGGUUGUGUGGCAUUUGCUAGCAUAUGCCGGCCUGAGCGGAGCGGACAGCAAGCGCUCAGCUAAAACACUAAUGGCGCGUUGCGUAGAAGUGCCGCGCAGGAUGACGGCGAGACGCGCUUGCUACGGUAGCCUCGCGGCAUCACGCGCGCGUUUUUUGCCGCUCGCGUGGCCGUACCUUUAAAGCGCACAGCAUUGCUAAGCGUGCAUUCACUCUGCGAAAGGUCGUCUGCUACGCUCAAGUGGUGUAAGCGGCGCCAAGGUCGAGGUAAGAGAGGAGAAACGAGGAGUAGGGAAGGCGGAGGAGUAGAGUCGCUACUUUUUAUAUCUGGUAGCAACUGCGUAGUUUGCGCAGCGGCGUGCGCCGUAUCUUGACAGCGAUCUGCAGAUGCGAUGAAUUCGGGGACUCGCGGUCGGCCUGCCGCCGCUUGCGUUCGUGCUUCCGUCCUUCUCGCACGGCGCUCGCGAACCCGAUCACGAGAAGAACGUACCCGGCUCCUCGAUAGCGGGCACGGAACCCGUAGCCAUUAAGUUAUCCAGCGUGCUUCGCGUGGCCAUAACUUGGAAUCCGAUUUUGACGGCAGUUCUUCCGAAAAAAAAAAUGUACAUAAGUCGCACCGUUCUGCAAGACGGCACCGACGAAAAAUUCAUUACGAAAAGCGCGUCUUAUACACCGGAAAGUAUGGUAGUUGGAACUAUUGAUGGCAGUUUCAGAAGCCAAUAUUAGGUACUUGCAAGCAUUUCUGAGAUCAUAUACGACUGAGUUUCUGUGCUUUGUCACUUCACGGAGUCUUGACAAGUAUGGACCCUGUACCACGUGCGCCGUUUCGCACGGUGGCAACAUUUUUUUGCCCCCCCUCGCGCGGCGGCAGCUCCCAAAUUUUCAUGUUGCUAGGUUGGCAGGUAUGCAAGUGCUUUAAUAUAAUGCGUCACCGGAGACCACAAGUGUACUCUGGUGUCACCUUAGGUGCUCUGCAAGGAAGUUUACCACAUACAACCCUGUCGGAUUUCCUAGGACUGAGGCACAGUGGUGAAAAAUAAUUUAGUACAGUUUGUUUCUUAUGUGGAGUGCUUAGGGCACGUGGGCUUGCAUGAAAGCCGCCUUGUGAAUGUACUUGAAAACAGGCCAUAUAAGGGUGCAUUGUUAUUUGUAAUGCAUAUUGAUUCCUCUUUUAAUCCGAUAGCGUUUAGUGCCCCGUGUCGGAGCAAAUCAUCCAACCACAUCGGCCGCGCAGGCCUCUUUUUGAAAGCACUUUUGCUGUAUAAAUGAUGCAGGCCCUCUGUUUUGAGUUCUGUUAGGGCUGUUGUCUCUGUUUAGAUUUUACACCCUUUUUGUAUUUAAGCGCGGUUUUUGCGACACAGAUGCGUCUUGUAAGAUAUGUGAUAGAAGUCUGUUGGACUGUCGCACGAGGACUUGGAUGCACCGUUUUUCACAUUGGUUUGCUGUACUCUCAUCACUAAAAAUUUUUUGAGAUGCAGAAAUAUAUAAUGGCGGCUGUCUACUUUUAGAAGAGUGCUUGCUGGAUUUUUGCAUUUACUGCUAUGUUGAUCACUGGCAGUGACAGUUUGUGAUAGACAUUGUGCCACAAAUGAUCAUGUUCUGUUUGCCACAAGCUGUGCACAUUGCACGACAUUUGUAAUAAAGACUAUUUUAGUGUAAUUGAAAA